GUAAUUACAGAGAGACUGCAGGCUUCUGUGGGACAGUGGACAGCGCACGGAAGACUUCGCGGUGGCUAGCUCCGGCAUUGCGGAACCCGCCGUCCGACUGGCGAGGUUUCUAGGGGGACACUAAUUAUGGCUGGACGCCGUGGCGCGGCAGUUUAAUUCUCCGGUGGCGGCUGAUUGAGCCGGACGCGAUGGUUCUGACCGGGCUCAUCAGGAAACUCGGUCAUCAGCUGGCCGAGAUCAGGGAACGCGCUCUCAAAAAUAUCCUCUGCAAGGUUGAGCACAACUUAAUCUGCUGUGCUGAUCUGAUUCAGGAGAGGCUGCUUUUUCUCCAUUUGCUGGAAUGGUUCAAUUUCCCGUCCGUUCCAAUGAAAGAGGAGGUUCUGAGCCUGUUAAACAGAUUGGUUAAGUAUCCCCCAGCAGUCCAGCAUUUGCUUGAUCUGGGUGCAGUCGAAUUUUUAUCUAAACUUCGUUCUAAUGUGGAGCCCAAUCUACAGGCUGAAAUUGAUGGCAUUCUGGAUGGACUUUUUAUUCUUCCUUCGGAAGAUCCUGUACUACCUUCUGCAUCUUUCCAAACCAAUCCAACUGAAUUGCCACAACAGCCUGAAAACUUAACAGGGUAUUUUCCUCAAGGCAAAAGUAAUUUUCAGCAGAUGGAAGCGCCUCCCCAGCCAAUGGUAAAUCAGACUGUGAAGUGUUUGCGGUUUUCUACAUUUCCUUGGCUCCCCUUGACCACGACAGACAGACAUGUUCUCUCCUCCAAUGAAAGCUCUUUGAGAAGUAGUAACCACACUUUAAUCUGGAAUACCUGUGAGCUGUUGAAGGAUGUUAUCAUGCAAGAUUUUCCUGCUGAGAUUUUCCUUCAAAGGCCAAAAAUUGUUCAGAGCCUUCUAUCUCUGUUGAAGCUGCCCUUUGGAGGCGAUGGGAAGCAUCGCCUGGUGUUACAGUCGGUGUCCUGCUUGCAGCAGCUGUGCACGUAUUUAAGAAACAGACUUAAUUUUCACCGAGAUCCAGGUUUUUUCUCUAGCAAACAAGAUACAGUUUCCCAAAAUUCUUCUUUAUCUUACUGUCAUGAAAUGAGAGUUAUUCAUCAUUCCCAGAAUCCUUCUCCAGGAAGCAGUAGUCCCCGGCCUUCUGUGGUUGGACGCACAGGCCAGCGACCCAGAGGAGACGGCCAGGACUGGGAUGCAGUGUCUUCCAGUGGAAGUAGUGGCCAUGUCCACAUAAACUCCGGGGGACCGGGCCCUUCCCCUCUGGAUAUGGCCUAUGUAGACCUGCCGGAGCUGGAAGCUGAAGACCCGCUGGAACUGCAAUUCCAGCAGCUCAGCCUCCCCCACUUCUGUGUCUCCAUUCUGGAAUCAGCAGUUCCUCUCUUAAGAACAGGUAGUAGACAGAUGAUCAUAAGAGUUCUGGAAUUGCUUGCAGAGGAUAUGAUACUUACCAGUGAGGCAAUUUCAGCAGAUAUCUGGGAUGACAGCAGCCUUUUUGCUAUAGAUAUGAGAGAGAAAGUGCUGUCUGUGCUGGGCAUCCUUGGGGACACCCUGUGCUACCACAAGAGCAGUGUGAGUCUGGAGCAACCGGACGCAGUGCUCGUGCACCACAGAAUGGCCUUCGUCAGCAUUUCCCUGUUCACAGUUCGACUGCUGCAGACGCUUCUCCCUGUUGAAAAGGCAAGCCACUUUUUACCAGAAGCUAUGUCAGCAGCAUUGUUUCUAAUUGCCUUGGACAUGCCUGUUUCUUUGGAAUACCCAAAUAUUCAUGAAGCUGUUGUGGCCUAUUUGGAACAGCUAAAUUCUGAAAACUACAGUAUUUAUAAACGAACCGCAGAGGCUGUCUGUUCAAUUGAAUGUACCUGUAACUUCCUGUCUGAUGUUGGGAAGGAGGGAGAGAAGAAUCUUUUAGAAUUAGUGGAGCUGGCAGACCAAGCCUUGAGAAGCUUUUCCUAUCAUCAGCAUUUCCCCCUAAUAAAGGAAAUCAUCUGCAUUUGUUCAAAGAUCUGGAAAUCUGCACAAGCCAGUCCAUUACUUCAAGGAGAAAGUCAGAAGGUGUUUCUUCAAAUGUUGUCUCACCCAUUGCUACAAGUCAAAGUUGAAACUUAUCACUGCUCUCUGGAAAUUAUUAAGGACUGUUUAGGUGUCCAUAAUGUCACUAAACCAGUGUCUUCCCUUUGUAAUGGAAUUCAUUUUCUACUUCACCCAAAAGUCCUGUAUGAAAUCUGUGCAUUUGGCAUUCAAGAUCCCAAAAAUGAGGUGAAUGCUGCCGCCAGGGCCAUUCUGACGCACCUGCUGCAGGGACGAUUGGUGAUGACAGCGGUGACCUGGAACAAGUUUAUUGAGGCUCUCUGUCCUGUCAUUCCAGUCCUACAGGGCUAUGCUGACCCAGAAGACCCUCUGGGUAACUGCAUUCUCCACCUAAGCACAGUAGGUCCUGAGGCAGGCGAAGGGGUUCUCCCCAGCACCGCCCGGUUAAAGUCCGUACUGCGGCUCCUGCUCGUGAAAAAGCCGUCGGCCCGUUCACGAGCAUUAAAGCUGUUAGCAUGUUAUCUCACACAGGAAGAAGGGGCUGAUAAAAAGCGCCCUUUAAUAGAUGCCAGAGUUCUUUCCAGAGUUCCUAAUUUAUUUAUUGUGAAAAAGCCUAUUGAACUCAAAUUGGAUGACAGAAAAGAACUGAUUAUUAAGUUGGAGACUGUUGAGAAGGUAUACGGUAUCUUUACUUCAGAUGGUAUCGACCUUGUUGUGAGGAAGUCCGCUGCAGAGCAGUUGGCGGUGAUCGCGCAAGAUAUUAAAACACAUGCUGUGGUGAAAAAGUUAUGCCUAGUUGACAAGAUAAUUGAGUAUUUAAAUGAAUGUGUGGGUCUGGAUGGCAAGGUUAUAGAAUGUUUGAUCCAGCCGUGCCUCACGCUCCUGAGGAAAGUUCUUUGUGCUGAUCCCGUCGCGCGUGCGUCCCUCUCACAGCGGUCUUCUCUCUUGACCCUGUUAUUCAGAGUUUCCUUGAUAUUUCAUGAAGAUAGUACAGUUGUGACUGAAGUUGGAGCAUUAUUUUGUCUUCUAUUAUUUGAUGAAGUAUCAAGGAUGGAUAUGUGGUCUGCUAAUCCUCCCAAUAAAUCUUCUUCCCCAUCGAUCUUCACUUUGCCUGUUUCAGUUUUAAGAAGAUAUCACCUGCCAGUACAAGUAACUGGCCACCAUGCUGUGAGUCCUUACUCCAUAGUUUUGCCGUUAGCUGCUGAUUGUUUGGCCUUGAAGCCUGUCUCAGAUAUGCUGAGAAUCGCUUGGAACCUGUCAUGGUAUCAUGGGACCGAUAAUCUGAUGAAGCAAAUUAACUCCGAAGCUAAAAUCCAAGAAUUUGCAGAUACAUUGAAGUUAUCCACAGAGGACAUCCUUAGUCUGAAGAUAACACACACAGCUAGUGGGCUGAAGGACUGUCUGCAUUCCAUUGUGGAGGCGGUAGGCCACAGGGAAGUGAGGGCUGCCAUCACCAGGAUGAAUUUUUAUCUUCUGAAUGACAGGUUAUCUUUAAAGGGCAGCCCUGGCCCGUGUGGGCUUGCCUUGAAGUCUCUGUCCUGGCACACCACCCUAAACAGGUUUUUACAAGUCCUUCCUGCUUGCACUGAAGAUGAAAAAUUGCUAAUAGAUAUCAUACAUUUUUUAAAUAAGUUAUUGAAGGAACAAAGAAAAAAUUCAUCAGUAGAACUUCUAAACUGGCUUCUAGAAUUACUCCUUAGACAUAGUCCAGAUCCACUCUUAGACCUGCUGGUUCUGGCAGAGUCGCAGGCACGAGAGGAACCAGACGGCGUCCGGGCUGCUGUCAGGCAACAGCUCCAGAAAGAGCUGGUGGCGCUUUUCAAUACCUUGCUGCUCAGUGUCACGGCAGCUCCUGACAGGAAAUGCUUGGAACUUCUUCAUGUUUUCCAAACACAGUUGGCUCUGAAACUGCUCCAGUGUCUGAGGGUCACAGAUGCUCCUCAUUUCUAUGGCCUGCCUUCCCUCGAGAGGACCUUGCGAGGGAUGGCUCACCUCACAGCACUUCCAGGCUGGAGCUCACAUUCUCCUCUCACAAAACCACUUGAAGUUUGUAUGAAGUACUUGUCCGGUCUCCUUGAAGUCAUUGUUUCUUUUUAUGUGGAGCGUGGAGGAAAUGCUAUGUCCUUCAUGGGAAAAGGCGUCACAAAGAGCACAAUUCUUUGCUUGCUUCACUUAUCUCAUGAGAUGACGGCCCAGGCCCCGAGCUCGGAGUGGGUUUCACUUUGGUUCUUGCCUUUGGGUAGCCACAGUGAAGAACAUGCUCCCACUCAACAAGGACUGACUUGGUUGAUUCCGUUAUGGGUCGAUCGAGACCCAGAGGUGAGGUUCACGUCUUUGGGAUUGGGAUCAGCACUGACCACCACUGACAUGGGCUGCGUGGCCUUGGCAAACAGCUGUCAGAACAUCUCUGGUGGGCUCUGGGGGACUGUGCUCAGCCUCCUCCUGGACGGCUCAGAGUGCUGUAUGGUGCGCCGCGAGGCUGCAUUUAUUCUUCAGAAUCUCCUUGUAAUUCCAAUGCCUUCAGUAAUUGUUAAGGAUUAUACAUGGCAGGGCCCCUGUGUCCACGAUGAGGACUCCGGCUUAUCGCUUGUGGGAAAACCUGCCCUUCAGGCUCUUUUGUAUCACUGCCAUUUUUAUGAGCAAUUGAAUCAGAUGGUAAAAUCUUGUUACUUGGGACGGUAUAUGUUUGAUUUGAAUUGUCAAUCUGCUCUUGAUGGAACUUCAGAGGGUAGUGAUUUAAAUGGUUUAGAUGAUUCAUUCAAGUUUUGGAGGGCUCCAUCUAGGAUGUCCAGUCAAGAUCCAAGUUCUCUCUCUACCUUGGAGACAAUGGUGGCCCCUUCGUCGGGGAGUGCUGAGUUCCCAGUGCUCGGCCCCUCGGCUGCUCCACCCCCUGAUGCUGCACAUGGCCAGUUUAUGGCUCAAGGUCAGCAUGAAGCUGCGUCACCACGGCUCCCUCACGACUCGCCCCUUUCUGCCCCUCCGCCCAGGCAGUGCGCUCGUGUCACUCCGUCCCUCCUUUCGGCAGCGUGCAGCCUCUUGGACAGCCUCUUGGCAGCUGCCCCAAGGGACACGGCGAAUGCUUUUCGGCAGGCCCGUCUCGUGGAGCUUCUCUGUGGCGUUGCAGAUGCUGCCCUCAUAGAGGCCUGCGUCCAGGAGCUCAAGGCCCCACUGCCUUCAUCGCCUCCGGUGGAACACGCUCAGGCUCACGUGUCCUUUCUCCUAGAGUACCUGUCCUCUCUGUCCAGGCUUCUGCACUCAUGUUUACUGGUAGAUCCUGAGCUUGUAAUUCAGGACAAGCCUCUGAAACCUCUUAUCACAAAUGUCAUUGGAGUUCUCACCGUAUGCACCAAAGAUAUAUCAGAUGUAGAGUUAGUAUCGGCUUUUUAUCACACGUGGACACAUUUGUUUGACCUUCUGUCCACACUCCUGAGGAAAGCUGGAGCCACCUGCCUCCCAUCUAUCACGGUGGAACUGGCCAAGCACUGGGCAGCAGUCAUUGAUAUGUUCUGCAAAUGUGUGGGUUUGUCUACCACAUGCCCUACCCUGUAUACUGCCAGCCUGCAGUUCCUUUCUAUUCUCUUGACUGAAGAAGCAAAAAGGUGUCUCCAGGAUAAGGAUAAAACGAACUUAAGCUACAGUCCAACAAUGGCUUCACUUCUCGAUAGGACUCAGGAAAACCAGAAAUCUCUAGAACGACUCAAUGAAGUAAUUCUUCAGUGCUAUGAAGGAAAAUCCUCCAAGGAUGUCCUGAAAAGAGUCGCUACGAACGCAUUGAUGUCACUUCUGGCUGUCAGCAGAAGAGCACAGAAGCACGCUUUGAAAGCUGCUCUGAUAGACAACUGCAUGGAGCAGAUGAAGAGCGUCAAUGCGCACCUGAACCUGGAGUCUCUGCGGCCUGGGAAAGCAGCCCUGAGGAAAAAGGAGGACGGUGUUAUUAAAGAGUUAAGCAUUGCCAUGCAGCUCCUAAGAAACUGUCUUUAUCAAAAUGAAGAAUGCAAAGAAGCAGCUCUUGAAGCUCAUCUUGUCCCAGUCUUGCACUCUCUCUGGCCUUGGAUUUUGAUGGAUGAUUCAUUGAUGCAGAUUGCCCUGCAGCUGCUUUGUGUCUAUACUGCAAAUUUUCCAAGUGGUUGCAGUUCUCUUUGUUGGUCAUCUUCUGGACAACAUCCUGUUCAAGCUGCGUGUAGAGGGGCCCCUGGCAGCUCCCUCAUGCUGUGUGUCCUGAAGCUGGCCUCCCAGGUGCCCCCUGAGAACACUGGGGUUCAGCAGAUGGCUUUUAUGUUUCUCUCAAACCUGGCCUUAUCUCAUGACUGUAAAGGAGUAAUUCAAAAAAGUAACUUCUUACAGAACUUUCUAUCUCUAACAUUGCCAAAAGGAGGAAAUAAACACCUCAGUAAUCUGACCAUUCUUUGGUUGAAGUUACUCCUGAAUAUAUCAUUUGGAGAAGAUGGGCAGCAGAUGAUUCUGAGGCUCGAUGGCUGUCUGGACUUACUCACAGAGAUGAGCAAAUACAAGCACAAGAGAAGCCCUUAUCUGCCUCUUCUUAUUUUUCAUAAUAUUUGCUUCAGUACUGCCAAUAAACCCAAGAUCCUGGCUAACGAAAAAGUUAUUAGUGUGCUAGCUGCCUGUCUGGAAAGUGAGAAUCCACAUGCUCAGAGGAUUGGAGCAGCUGCGCUUUGGGCUCUGAUUCACAAUUACCAGAAGGCCAAAACAACUUUGAAAAAUCCGUCAAUAAAAAGAAGAGUGGAUGAAGCAUAUUCCUUAGCAAAGAAAACUUUCUCAAGCUCAGAAGAAACCCCUCUAAAUGUCUAUUAUUUGAAAUGUCUUGAGAACCUCGUGCAGCUGCUGAACUCUGCUUGAGCGCCAUGAGAUGGCCCGCCUUGCACCGGCGGCCACUGGACAGGUGAGCCAGACUUGAAGUAAGCGUUGUGCGUGUGGCAGGUGUUACCAGGAGACGUGCUAAAUCUCUGCAAGGCGUUGAUGCCCUUCCUCCCUGUAAGACAGAGAGCUGGUGACAUUCCAGCUGUGUCCCUUCAUUCCAGCUUUCUGUAAGUGAGAGCAGCUGACGAGAAGAUGAUGAAUAAAAGGCAUAGGAAGUCCUGGGAACAUACAUAUUUUUACCUUUUUCCAUGCAAUUUGUUUGUAAAAAUCCUAUUUAACAGUUAUUUAAUAAAGUAAAUAUUUUUAGAAACUGAAAAUUGACUAAUACUUGCCUGCAGACUUUAAUCAGUCUCAUGAAUACAUGUUUUAGUUUUGAAAUAAGAUACUGUGAUCUGAUUUUUUUUUGUUUUAAUCUUCUAAAUGAAAUUUGACUCUUGUCAAUAUAAUUCUUAUUUUUCAAACCUUUAUAUUGUUCAGAGCAUACACAUUGGUGAAGGGGUAUUUGUAUGUCAAUGUGCAUAAUUUUUGGAAUAGCUUUUUAUGCAGUUUUUGGUGUUAUUAACUCCUUCCCAUAUGAUUUAUUUAUAAAUCUGUCAUUUUUAUUAUUUCUACCUUCCAACUUCUGGAGUGCUGUAAAAUAAAGAAGAAAGAAAUAGAGUUUAUGGUCAUGUAGGCCUGGGUUCAAAUUUUAGCUCAGCCAAAAUAUCAUGAAAACAAGACUG